AUGAAGACGAUCCCCGGCUUCGAGAACGUGGCCGUCACCCUCCCUGAUGGCUUGACCUUGGAGGAACUGUGGGCUCACCCGCCAUUCAAGGCAUGGGUCGAGGGGCUAAACAAAUCAAUGCACCUGCAAUCCGUCGAAGCGCACCCCUUCCAUGGAAAUCCCUUCCAUCUCCGCUCCAUCACCGUCCAGGCCGUCGACCGCUUCAACGGAGGCCGCAUCGGUUUUCUGAAAAUGUCCUCCAAAAUACCCGACUCUGAUGGCGAAGUAACUCUCCCGGGUAGCACAUUCGUCCGCGGGGCCAGCGUCGCCAUGUUGAUGAUGCUCAUCCCAGACGACGUGGGACCAGACUCUGAUGAGCGGUAUGUUGUGUUUACAGUGCAGCCGCGUGCGUCAGCUACGAGUUUGAGCUUUAUAGAGAUACCGGCCGGCAUGAUGGAGGAAUCGGGAGAUUUCAAGGGCACGGCGGCCAGGGAAAUUAAGGAGGAGCUUGGAAUGGUGGUUCAUGAAGAUGAAUUGGCGUGCUUGACUGACCUGAUGGGCAACGAUGCUGCUCAGCUAGAGGCCGCUCAGAUGGGGGCUACUCAGCAGGGGGCUCUCGAUGAGCAUCUUCCGGAAGCCGUAUUCCCAAGUCCUGGGGCCUGUGACGAGUACAUCAAGAUUUACAGUUGUGAAAGAAGGAUCCCGAGGGAGACGUUGGCCGAGUGGAACGGCAAGUACACUGGAUUGAGAGAGGAAGGCGAAUUGAUUACCCUCAAGAUCGUUCCUAUGAAGGAUGCCUUGAAAGUUGGCCGCAGAGAUGCAAAGACUGUGGCAGCUUUGGCCUUCUGGAACUCACUGAAGGGAGAAAAUAAAGUGUAA